ACAAAGAUACAAUAUUUGUUGAGUGGUUAGUUUUGUAUUUUCUGUCAAAACAUCCCAAAUUAUGAUUACGGCCAAAAAAUGUUGCUUCUGUAUAUCUUUGCAGACGGGUUGCAUUAUUAUUGCCUUGAUGGGAUUAUUUUUGUCCGGAAUGAACAUUGACUAUAUAAUGUAUCUAUUAAAUAGAACUUAUUCCCGAGAAACUCAAUAUAAAUUCCCAGAGCAAAUACUGUACACGUGCUUGCAACUGAUUCCAGAUUUGCUCUCUGUCCUGGCAUCAUGUCUGCUGCUAAUUGCGAUCAUUUCCCAAUAUUUUUGGCUGUUUUGGACAACGCUUUUUAUUCAAGCUUUUCAAGCGGUGUACCUUGUUUCUUUCAGUAUUAUUUCGUCUACGAUCGGAUUCAAUGCAAUAAUAAACGAAAGCUUUUGGCAUAAUAUCACCUAUUGGAUCUAUGUGGUACUUUGGCUGGCUUUGACCCUAUAUUUUAUGUACGUAAUCUACUCGUACUAUCGACAGCUAAAGGAGAGAGACACUGAAAAUGUUGUAGAAUAAUUGGUGCAAUAAACAUAUAAUACUUUUCUUGAUUUUAAUAAUAAAAUACUAACUGUAUUGAUGUCUGCAACUGUAUAACACUGGAUUUAUCGUCAUUUCCCAAAAACGGAAUUGAAAAAAUUACAAUUUUUUUAAAAAAAUGUGUAGAGUGCAAAAGUUUUGCUGUUGUAUAAGCUUUCCAAUUGGCUGCACUAUCAUUUCAUUUUUUACCUUUAUCUUGUGUAUCGGGCACCUGGCUGAAUUUUUUCGGAUAAAGGAGAAUGCUGUGGUUUAUGCAUCCGACUGGUUAAAUAUUCUUUGGGGAGUGCUACACCUGGUGGCCGCUAUGUUUUUAUCGUAUUCUAUUCUGGUGAUCUCUCAUUCCCAUUUUGACCUACAUAAUAAUCGAGACUUUCUACCUGAUGUACGUGAUUAUUUAUGCCUCGGUAUCCUGUGCUCUGGGAACAAAUACAAUUGCAAAUUAUGGUCCCACGUUCAGUAUUUUAUUCUGGAUAUUUGUAGUACAAAUCUGUGGGAUUACCAUUUAUUUUCUUUACUUUGUCACACCAUAUUAUUUUCUUAGAAGGCAACAGCGCAAUGCGGCCAAUCAAGAAGCUUAGGUUUUUUUAAAUAUCCUCAUAAAAAAUUAAAGCUAUACUUGGUUUUAUUUUUUAUUUUGUGCGUCAGUGGUAUUUAUUUAAUUUUUUCAGCCAGUUUAUCAAGUAGGUGGACAGCAACAUGUCAAAUAUUUUUAAAAAAUGUCUGAAAUAAAAUUAUUUUUAGCAAUAGUAUUCAUUUCUUUGGCUCUCGAGAGUACCACCCUGUUAGACCAGAGAUCAAAAAAAAAGAUUGGCGGGAGUUACUCUUUAGCUUAUGGAUACUUAAAUUUUCCUAUUUGUCUAAAUUGUUCGCAUAUUAUAAGCGUGCAUGGCACUGCUGGUUUCUCUUGUCAUUACGGAGAUGAGGGAGCCAUUAAAAAUAAGUCUGGGGACAAGCAAAAUAAUUAUCCAGAAUGCGUACCAACGAAAUUCACGGUUAAUGAAUAGGUCUUAUAGACAAGUACUGCUGCUUUUGGUCACCGGAAGCGGGUUGCUCAAUGUUGAUCGGUAGGCAACUCUUCGAUCUAAACAUCGACUCUUGCGAAGCUUGCACAGAAUCUUGCGCCGGUCUAAGAAGUAAUCUUGCAUCGAACGGAAGUAAUAGGGUCUCGGAAUAUGGAUAUUUAAUUUCACUUCAUUUUUUCUGUCUGUGGAUAAGAUCAAAAGACCAACAUAACUAUGAAUAGUGGAUUUUGUCUCGAUUUUAAAAAAUUUGAUUAUACCAUCGGUAUAAUACGACGGAGACUUUUUAGUUUAUAUUUUUGCCCAAGGCACUUGUGUUGAAAUAAAUCGCGGUUGCCAAUAUUAUUGCCCUCAAAACGGAA